AUGGCAUACCUGGGUGAAUGCCAGUGGACAAAACUGUCAGACCAGCUUCCGGGGGUUCUGCCGGCCCCGGCGGGUGUUCGUGGGGCGCUGGGAGGUGGGGCGCCCGCCCUCGGUCUGCCCCCGGUCAGCCCGCGCCCUGCUGUUGUUUCAGAGUACGUGGAGAAGCCCCUGAAGCUGGUCCUCAAAGUGGGUGGCAGCGAAGUGACUGAGCUCUCCACGGGCAGCUCCGGGCACGACUCUAGCCUCUUCGAAGAUAGAAGCGACCAUGACAAACACAAGGACAGAAAACGGAAAAAGAGGAAGAAAGGAGAGAAACAGGCACCGGGGGAAGAGAAGGGGAGGAAGCGGAGAAGGGUCAAGGACGAUAAAAAGAAGCGAGAUCGAGACCGUGUGGAGAAUGAGGCAGAGAAAGAUAUCCAGUGCCAUGCCCCUAUGAGAUUAGACUUACCUCCUGAGAAGCCUCUCACGAGCUCUCUAGCCAGACAAGAAGAAGUAGAACAGACACCCCUUCAGGAAGCUUUGAAUCAACUCAUGAGACAACUGCAGAGAAAAGACCCAAGUGCUUUCUUUUCAUUUCCUGUGACGGACUUUAUUGCUCCUGGCUACUCCAUGAUAAUUAAACACCCAAUGGAUUUUAGUACCAUGAAGGAAAAGAUCAAGAAUAAUGACUACCAGUCCAUAGAAGAACUAAAGGAUAACUUCAAGCUAAUGUGUACUAAUGCAAUGAUUUACAAUAAGCCAGAGACCAUCUACUAUAAAGCUGCAAAGAAGCUGUUGCACUCAGGGAUGAAAAUUCUUAGUCAGGAGAGAAUUCAGAGCCUGAAACAGAGUAUAGACUUCAUGGCGGACUUGCAGAAAACUCGGAAGCAGAAAGAUAGAACAGAUGCCUCUCAGAGUGGGGAGGACGGUGGCUGCUGGCAACGAGAGAGGGAAGACUCUGGAGACACUGAAGCACAAACCUUCAGAAGCCCCACUAAGGAUAAUAAAAAGAAAGAUAAAGAUGUGCUUGAAGACAAAUGGAGAGGCAGCAACUCAGAAAGGGAGCACGAGCAGAUUGAGCGCGUUGUCCAGGAGUCGGGGGGCAAGCUAACGAGGCGGCUGGCAAACAGUCAGUGUGAAUUUGAAAGAAGAAAACCAGAUGGAACAACAACAUUGGGACUUCUUCAUCCUGUUGAGCCCGUUGUUGGAGAGCCGGGCUACUGCCCUGUGAGACUAGGGAUGACUACUGGAAGACUGCAGUCCGGAGUGAACACCCUGCAGGGAUUCAAAGAGGAUAAAAGGAACAGAGUAACCCCAGUGUUAUACUUGAAUUAUGGACCCUAUAGUUCUUAUGCCCCACAUUAUGACUCCACAUUUGCCAAUAUCAGCAAAGAUGAUUCUGAUUUAAUCUAUUCAACAUAUGGGGAAGACUCUGACCUUCCAAAUAAUUUCAGUGUCUCUGAGUUUUUGGCCACAUGCCAAGAUUACCCGUAUGUUAUGGCAGAUAGUUUACUAGAUGUUCUAACAAAAGGAGGACAUUCCAGGAGCCUACAGGACUUGGACGUGUCCUCAUCUGAAGAUGAAGGCCAGACCAGACCACUGGACACAGCAAAAGAAGCAGAGAUUGCACAAAUAGAGCCAACAGUGCGUUUGGAGUCCAGCAGUCAGGACAGACUCACAGCACUGCAAGCAGUAACAAACUUUGGUGCUCCAGCUGAAGUCUUUGACUCUGAAGAGGCUGAGGUGUUCCAGAGGAAGCUUGAUGAGACUACAAGAUUGCUCAGGGAACUCCAGGAGGCACAGAACGAGCGGCUGAGCACCAGACCUCCUCCCAAUAUGAUCUGUCUCUUGGGUCCUUCUUACAGAGAAAUAUACCUUGCUGAACAAGUGACCAAUAACCUUAAAGAACUCACACAGCAAGUGACCCCAGGUGAUGUUGUGAGCAUACGUGGAGUACGUAAAGCAAUGGGAAUUUCUGUUCCUUCCCCUGUCAUGGGAAACAGCUUCGUAGAUUUGACAGAAGAGUGUGAAGAACCUAAGGAGACCUGUGCUGCUGACUGUGGGCCUGACGGGAGCUGAAGCUAGCCUGGUAUUUGGUUAUAUUAUGUACAUAUUUUUUUCAUUCUGAACUUGGAGGUGCUUUUCAGAAGAUAUUAACUAUUUGUAAAUUGUGUUUUAAUUAAGCUUUGGAACAGUUCCUUUCAGUGUUCCAGAGACUGGACUUGUAUUAGGAAAUAAAACUGAACCUGGGACUGUGA